CUCCUCUUAGUACUUAUAGACGAUCUUUGCAGAUCCGGGGAAAGGUGGGGCUCGCAGUCCUUUUGGCCAACUUGUAAAAGUUUGCUGUGUCGGGUUUUGUGUGACCCGGAGGAUAUCACGGCUCCAGCUCCUUGCGGAUCUCUGGUUUCAGGAUUAAAGUUGUGAGCUGUAGAAACCCCACCCCCUACCCCACCCCCACACAUCAGAGCCAUGGCUACUGGUAAGAACAAGAACCAGACCUCUCUGGCCCUCCACAAAGUGAUCAUGGUGGGCAGCGGUGGCGUAGGAAAGUCAGCGCUAACGUUGCAGUUCAUGUACGAUGAGUUCGUGGAGGACUACGAGCCAACCAAGGCGGACAGCUACAGGAAGAAGGUGGUGCUUGAUGGGGAGGACGUGCAGAUCGAUAUCCUGGACACGGCGGGACAGGAGGACUACGCUGCCAUCAGAGACAACUACUUCCGCAGUGGUGAAGGCUUCCUACUGGUCUUCUCCAUCACGGAGCUGGAGUCCUUCACGGCCACGUCGGAGUUCAGGGAGCAGAUCCUGCGGGUGAAGGAGGAGGAGGCCAUCCCUCUUUUGCUUGUGGGGAAUAAGUCGGACCUGGAGGACCGGCGGCAGAUCACCGCAGAGGAUGCCGCGAGCAAAGCAGGCGAGUGGGGAGUCCAGUACGUCGAGACGUCGGCCAAGACGAGAGCCAACGUGGACAAGGUCUUCUUUGACCUCAUGAGGGAAGUCCGCAAGAAGAAAAAAUCGGAGACCAAAGACAAAAACGGGCCGAGCGGUCGGAAGAAGAAGAAGCACUGUCGCAUCCUUUAGUGGCGCCAGAGGUGCAGCAAAAGCGACAGACUGACCCGACUCUCCUCACCAACCUCAAAGGCACGCGACGCCUCCGUCUCUGCUUCCUCUUUUCAGAAUCAAAGACAGGAAGUUUCGGGGAAGAAGGGCUGCUUCCUAAAUUUGUAGGAAUCUACAAACUGAACGAGCGAUUUCUUCACAUUAGGCGUGUCGUCACAUUCCUAAAGGCCUCACUGCUAGUAUCAAACACUUGCUUCACACAAGCUUCUCCCUCUAAACAUCAUUUAGUAUCAACAUUCAAAGGGAAUUUUGUUCUUUAAAUCCUGUUUCUCUGCACAGCUUUCUCCUAUUUAUGAUGUUUGGGCUUCUUGGGAGCCUUCUUUAUAAUAAACACACUCAUACCUGAUGCUGCUUGAAAUCACUCACAGGCAACAAAAGGCUCUUCUUUUUGUUUUUUGUCAUUGUCUUUUUUUUUUUGUAUCCCUCUUAGGGGAAUAAAAACUGUCCAAAAAGAAUGCUUUUACUUUGAAAGGACCUCCUGUUUUACAUGCUUUUCUGCAGGAAAUCCUAAAAUGAUAAUAAUUUGCCAAAAAUGUAAAAAUAUGUUCUGACGAAACCAAGCAGUUUGUGAUUUUCCAUGUGCAAUUUUUUGUCAAUUGUUUGGAUUAAAUAAUCUGUACAAAUCAAAC